GGAGAGAAGCUGGAACUCUAACAAGACGGCAGAAAGUGUUUAACUUGCUGUUUGCUUUAUAGUUAGCAAUCAGGUGCUGUAUUUUGAAACAAAGCGGUCUGUGCCAGUCAUCAUUGAUCAGCCUUUCCUACACGCUUGAGCAGGUUUUAAGAAGAUCAUCAUAAAGAAGAAGCACUACCAGGAUCUCACCAAUUGCAAUUGAACUUUCUGAUGUACUGUUCUGUAUCUAAAAAAAGGAAACGGGUAAAACAAAGAGUCUGUGCUAUAUUUAGCCUUUCAUAAAUACAGCAGUACGAUUUCUCUUUAGUACUAAACUUAGUGAGGUUAACUGCUGCUGCUGCUGCUGCUGCUGCUGGUGGUACUCGUAACUGCACUGCUACUAUAUCUGCCAUCUGCUGUUGCCUUUGUCAGUUAACAACACCACGGACCAAACUAUAGAAAGAAAGAAAACUGGAGAGACACACACUUCAGGCCCCUUGUGUUUCUUGAUCUUGCUGCUGUACUUCAUGUAAACAGCAAAAAAAAAAAUCCAUAAUGAUUUUCAAAGAAGUCCACUCCAUUGUCUUGUUCCCUGUGUAUCUAUUAAUGUGGCUGUACACUGCCCUUACCUUUGUCCCAUGGUAUUUCCUUACCGAUGCCCAAAAGAAACAGACCAUGGCAAAGCGGAUAAAAGCCAAAGCCACGUCUGAUAAGACGGAAGGCCCAUAUCGUUCUGUGGACCACUUCGACUCGCUCGCUGCGAUGACUUUCCCUGGCAUAGACACUUUGGACAAGCUGUUUAGCCACGCAGUGGAGAAGUUUGGAAAGGCUGAUUGUCUUGGGACCAGAGAGGUUCUGAGUGAGGAAAACGAGAAGCAGCCAUCUGGGAAAGUUUUUAAAAAGUUAAUUCUGGGUGAAUACAAGUGGCUUUCUUAUGAAGACGUAGAUGCUCAGGUGAAGCACUUUGGUAGUGGUCUGGCUGCUCUAGGGCAGAAGCCAAAGAGCACCAUCGCCAUCUUCUGUGAGACUAGUGCAGAGUGGAUGAUUGCAGCUCAGGCUUGUAUCAGAUACAAUUUCCCAUUGGUGACUCUGUACUCCACACUAGGAGAAGAUGCAGUAGCAUACGGUCUGAAUGAGUCUGGAGUCACCCACCUCAUUACUAGUACAGAGCUUCUGGAAGACAAACUUAAGUGUGUGCUGUCAGAGCUGAAGAAUCUAAAGCACAUCAUCUGUGUGGAUAAAAAGAAUAUCAGUAAAACGGGUUAUCCGAAGGAGCUGGAGGUUCACAGUAUGGAAUCUGUGCAAGAGCUGGGAGCCAAACCUGACAACCUAAGUGUAGAACCUUGCAGACCUGUCCCCACGGAUCUUGCUGUCAUCAUGUAUACCAGUGGUUCCACCGGCCGUCCCAAAGGUGUCAUGAUCAUUCACAGUAACCUGAUAGCAGGGAUGACGGGACAGUGUGAGAGGAUACCAGGACUUGGACCAAAAGACACCUACAUCGGUUAUCUGCCCCUGGCCCACGUGCUUGAAAUGACUGCUGAAAUGUCUUGUAUGACGUAUGGCUGCAGGAUAGGAUAUUCCUCUCCACAGACUCUGUCAGACCAGUCCACUAAAAUCAAGAAGGGAAGUAAAGGGGACUGCUCUGUCCUGAGACCAACCCUGAUGGCAGCUGUGCCGGAAAUAAUGGACCGGAUCUUUAAGAAUGUAAUGUGUAAAGUUCAGGAGAUGAAUUAUGUCCAGAGAACUCUUUUUAAACUAGGAUAUAACUACAAACUAGAACAGAUCACAAGGGGAUAUGAUGCUCCACUCUGCAAUAUGCUGCUCUUUAACAAAGUGAAGGCCUUGCUGGGGGGUAAUGUGCGGAUGAUGCUGUGUGGUGGGGCCCCUCUCUCUCCAGCCACUCAACGCUUCAUGAACAUCUGUUUCUGCUGCCCUGUGGGGCAAGGCUAUGGGCUGACAGAGACGUGCGGAGCAGGAACCAUCACAGAAGUGGCAGACUACAGCACUGGCCGUGUAGGGGCUCCCCUAAUCUGCUGUGAAAUAAAACUGCGAGACUGGCUUGAAGGUGGCUACACCAAUAAAGACAAGCCCAACCCCCGUGGAGAGAUUGUGAUUGGUGGACCCAAUGUUACAAUGGGAUAUUUUAACAGUGAAAAAGUCAGUGAAGACUUCUUUGUGGAUGAGAACGGGCAGAGGUGGUUCUGUACAGGCGACAUUGGCGAGAUUAAUCCUGAUGGCUGUCUGCAAAUCAUCGAUCGUAAGAAGGACCUAGUAAAGCUACAAGCUGGAGAAUACGUAUCCCUGGGAAAAGUAGAAUCAGCUUUGAAGAACUGCUCACUCAUCGAUAAUAUCUGUGCAUAUGCAAACAGUGACCAGAAUUAUGUAAUAAGCUUUGUGGUACCAAACCAAAAGAAACUGACCAGCCUCGCUCUCAAAAAAAACAUUGAAGGAUCAUGGGAGGAGCUCUGUAACAAUCCAAUCAUGGAGGGCGAAGUGCUGAAGGAGAUUAAAGAAGUAGCGACUUCAAUAAAACUUCAGCGUUUUGAAAUCCCAGUAAAGGUUCGAUUGAGUCCAGAACCCUGGACCCCGGAGACAGGUUUGGUAACGGACGCCUUCAAGUUGAAGCGAAAAGAGCUCAAGAACCAUUACCUCAGUGAUAUUGACAGAAUGUAUGGAGGGAAAUAGAGCUGCCCUCUUGGGGAAAGGACUGGGCUGGACUAUGAGUAAAGUUCUGGUUAAAAAACUAGCAAAAGCGAUUACCCUUAAACUCUGAAAUAUUCACUGAAGCACUGCGACCUGGUGGCAUUUUCAUUCUGAAAUGAAAUAUUUAAAUGUUAUUUAUAGAGCCGUCUGGAUUCAAAGAGGCCCUCAAUUCACACUAGAUACAAAACACAUUUAUUGUAAAUGAAGUUUAGUUGGCCUCAUGUGUUUUCAGAGUGCAAUUCUUAAUCUCAUCGUCCUUUUAAAUGUAAAACAAAAUGGUCAAGUCAAGUGAAAGACAACUCUUAAAACUGUUCUAUCUGUUGGUUUUGAUUCAUUGUGGGGGAGGGGACGGCCCUGGUGAGAUACUAUUUUAAAACUGCCAUUCAUUUUCUAUGUUAUCUACACACAUCUUUUGUAACUGAAGUAAUUGAACUCUUGAUUAAUGUUGUAUAUGAAUCUUCUGUACAUUUUGCAAAUAUGUUUCAGCGUGUAAAAAGGGAGUAGGUAUUCCAAUAGCUGAUCCACAGACAGAGUCGUUAUUUAAUUGACCAAAACAUUUCAGUGUAGUGAUUGGUGCGGAGCUGUGUGUUGGGAGAUUCUUGGCAAGCUUAAAAGAUCCUGAUGUCUGUCUUUUUUUAUGGCACUUCCCUGAUUCCAGAUGAAAAACAAUGUGUGGCAAUAUACCAUGCCUGCGUUUAAGAAACAAGGUGUUUGUUAAUAUAAUUCAAUUCCACUCAAAGACGUAGCUUUGUGCAUAUAGCUCUCAGACUUAAAUGUAGCAUUGAUUUAACAAUGCUUAUUCACAUUAGUGCAAAUGAUCAAAGGUUAUCCAAAUUUUAUAUAUAUUAUUUUGAGUGUCAUGCUUUAUUUCACCAAUAGUUCCAAGAAACAAACUGGUUUUGUGGGUGUGGCUAUUUUAUUUAUUUAUUUAUGAGCAUUUAUUUAGAUAUUACCGCACGGAACCCUAAUACAGAACCAGUACAGAUGAUAUACGUUGCACAUUUCUUCUAAAUAUAUACUGCAUUUGUUAUAUAACAAGAAAAAAAAAAACUAUUGGUGAAGAGUAUUAGUGUCCAGUCUUAAUAUUGCAUCACUCAAAUUGAAACUUCAGAGGUGGCCAUUUUCAAUAUCGGUAUCUGUAGCACCUAUUUUUUUAAAUUUUUUUAACAAACUGUGUAUGUUUAGAAACAGAUACAGCAAAAGGGGUUGAAGAAGUUUGACAAAACAGUAAAUUCAGUUGCAAUGUUCUGUUUAAAAUAAACUGAGAAAUUAUUUCAGAGACUAUUGGUGACAGUAUUUUUCUGUUUUGUGUCGGAUACGCUUACAAUCAUGGCAUCUGUAUUGUGUUGAGCACUGGCCCUUUCAAUCGGGGACUAAUUAUGCUCCACUGGUCAAUAUAAUCUUACUGAAGAAAAUGACAUGUUAUUAUCUCUUACUGAAUUAGCAAUAUUAUCACUGCCCUUCCUUCUGCUGCGCGAACGAUCUGGUUAUUCAGAUUAAUAAAACACAGUGCUAUGGCAUUCCUAAUACCAGAUCACUGCACUUGGAGUUAAUCUAAGAUAUUGUACUACACAGGAAAUGAAUAUAUUAUGUUGUGUAAAUAUGCAUAGCUGCAUUAAAAUAAAACAAACAAGGGAAGAAUCACGAGAUCUUCAGUAUAACAGUUUUGAAAUACUAUAAGAAACUUCAUAAAUUCAAUGGCUAGAAGUCUUUCUCAGUCUUCAGUGAUAAUGCUGGUAGUGCAAAUAAGAUGAUGAAUUUUAAAGUCUUUGUUAUUCCCCCUUUUUUAAGAUUACUUCAUUUCUUAAAAACAGAUUUAAGCCAAGAUAGAAAUCUUCCAGUCUUCACUGUGCACUAUCCCUACAUUGUACAUUGUGUAAAAACAAAUCUCACCAUUUUUAGUUUUGCACUUGUCCUCUCACUAUUGCCUAAUAUGCUGUAUUAAUGUAUUUGUAAUUGCAGGUUUAGUUAACCAACUCUAUUUGAAAGUUAUUUUAUACAUUGAAAAACAGUACAGCUGGGUUAUAUCUAUGCUGUGUGUGUGUCUGUGUGUUAGUGUUUUGUACAUUGCUAAGCAUUGCUCAGACUUUCAAAAGCACCAUUUGUUUCUGCCGAUACAUUUGUCUAUAUGUUCAUAAAAACCUGCUUGCAUGUAAGCUAUUGCUUUCUUCAGCACAGUUGCUUUAAAUGGCACAAACCAUUAUUACAUUUAAAACCCAAGAUAGCUUCUGUAGGUUUUUUAUUAUAAAGAAUGUAUUUUGGAGCAAUGGAAUAUGAACAAUUCAAUUUUCAACAAAUCUUUUACAGUACAAUGCACCGAUUUAUUAAUUUGGCUCUUCCAAAUCAUAAAUUACAAAAACAAAUUCCUGAACCCUCCUGCAGAUUCUCUCAUCGUUUGGGCAGUGAAUUAAAUGAAAUGCGUUUUACUGUUGAAAGUUUGUAUGCAAAAGGCCAAUUUUUAGAGGAUUCAGAAGCAGUAAAAUAUUUCUAGUAAAUUGUUAUUCCAGAACAUUCCGUCUUUUAUAAUGAAUGUGUUACCUGAACGUGUUUGUUUGGAUAAUAUUAUGUAAACGGGUUGCACAAGGAAGAAACAGACCAGAAGUUCAAACUCUUCAGUGGUUAGUAACAUUACAGCCAGGUAAAAAAACAAAGGUUUGAUGCAUUUUCCCAUUUUGUGUGUAAUAUUCUGCUUUAUGCGACAAUUGAACACAAGUACACUGAUGUUGUGGAUCUCUGUUUUUUAUUGGAGUUCUAGUGUAGUGCAUAGUAAUAACUUUUUUCAUCAAGCACAUUUUUAUGAACUGAUGGCAAAAUGAAACAGAAGCAAUGUCACAUAGUUUACAUGGGUAACAGUUCUGAGAGAGAGAAUGAUGUAUUUUUAUAAUUUAUUUAAAGUUGUACAACACUUGAAACAAAGAUAACUUGUGUGUAAGAUCUUGCAAUAAAAUAAAUACGUUAACAAAAGGGUGAAUAGCUUUUAUAUUUGUCACAUCCGGCUGGCGUACAAAAUGCAUGUUGGGGGAUCAGAUUUUGGAAUUGUACAUUUAUUAGCCUUUAUUUAUUUUUUACUUAUAUAUCUCCUUCUACUUUGUCAGUUAAUUCAUUCCAUAUAAAUUCAGAAUGAAGAAUCUAUUUAAGUGCCCAAUGCAAAGACUACUGUGGGAUACACCUUAAAGUGUAUCCUACAGUAUUAAAAGAAACGUGUGCAUUUUAAUUUUAAAACAUGAUAUCUCCUGGUACUACUUUAGGUUGAAGGGAAAUCUCAGUUUAUGUGCCUUUUUCUUGGGUUUUUUAUUUCCUGGAUCAUUUCACCUCAGCAGUGUCUUCUGGCUAUUGGAGAAGCAGCUGUUUAUUGACAGGGAAGAAGCCAGUGAAGGAGUGGGGACAAUAUCGCUCUCCAGGUGAAAUGUCAAAAGGCAUGUCUUUCUUUAACCUAAUGUAGGACCAGAUACCAUGUUUUAAAAUGAAAAUUACUGUAUAUAGCGAAGAAAUUUGAUGGAACUAUUUUGUUUGCUCUCAUUACUUUUAACAUGGGAUGAUUACAGGUAUGUAAUGGAACCAGGCUUGUUCAGGGGAGGCAGUCUCAGAAUAAAUUCAGUUUGUGUAUGUUACUGCAACAUGUCACUGUGUGUGUGUGUCUUCAAUUUGCACACAGCCUUGCAUACAUUAUUUUAUCCCCGUAUAAAAGGUUAUUUUAAAAUAGUUCUGGGGAAAAAAUAUUGUUUUUUGAAUAAAGUUAUUUUGUGACAAAUGUCUUAUAAAUAAGCCAAGAUACUGGGUUUAUUGGAUAUUUACCUACUGUAAAACCGUGCAAUAUUUUCAGCUAAUUUUAAAAUAAAUACGGAUAUGAUUUUUUUUUUUUUAAUGUGUUCUAAUAUUAUAUAUUAAUGUUCAUCCCAGCACUAUUUUAAAAACACCUGUUAGGAAUCUCUCAAUAUUCCAGUUUGACAUAAGAAAAAUAUAAAAAGGCAGGAUUUGGGGAACAAUGUGUUUUUUAUUUUGUAAUAAUAAUAAUAAUUUGCUGCUCUAAACAAAAUAACUGAUAAGUUGUUCCUAUUGUAUACCUUAUGUUCCCAGAAAAAUUGUACAUUGUAAACAUCAUGACUGUAUUGCAGUUUAACUCAUUCUCUAAAUGAGACUAGCUUAGAACUUGAGCUUUGUAAAAUGGCAGAACGUUAUGAAUGGAAUUAUAAUUUUUUUCAUCUGAGGUUUAGACAAAAUACACUUUCAGUCUAGCUGUGUUCUGUGCAUCACUUCCAUUACAAUGCCGUCCUUGUGAUACUAGCACUGUCCCAUCUAUUAUCAGGUAUAUGUUUAUUCAAUAGAGUUUAUAUAACCUCUGAGAUAUUUUUAAUCUAAUUCGUGUGAUGAGGUUGGACAGUUUGUAUAUUGAUUUUGAAAAAAACUUCAGAAGAAAAGAGAGUUCAGUUCUAUUAAUAAGUAAUAGGGGUUUCCUUAUUAAGAGUGAUUCAACACCUGCCUUCCUUUGUUGUUGUUUUGUUGUGAUGUUGCUAUUUACCGCAAGGCUGUUAUAUGAAUUCGCUGUCCUGUCUGUUUUGAGUUUUUAGAAUUUUUGACAUUUUGCCACUCUAUUUGGAGAUGUGGGAACAAAUAGACUGUAUUAUUUAAAUAAAGUUUUGCUUUUUUAUUUAAA